AUGAACAUUUUUCACAAAUUCCCUCUUCUACUAACUCUAUUCUUUCUCACAUUACAAAAACCAGUUACAUCAAAAAACGAAUGCACUCACAAAUGCGGCAAUCUUCACAUUCAAUUCCCAUUCCAUCUCAAAAACAACACCAACCACACCAAACACUAUCCUCAACACUUCCAAUUAUCAUGCACAGAUAAAUAUCAAACAGUUUUAGAAUUUCCCACAAUUCCACUCAAGCUUUUCAUCAAACACAUAGACUACCAAACACAAAAACUCCAAAUCUACGACCCAAACAACUGUCUUUCAACUCAGUUAUUCAAACUCGGAAACUCGUCCGUUUCGCCUUUCCAGUUUCACUUCCAUGAGUUCAAUAUACAUCGCAACGUUUCGUUCUUUCGCUGUGAUUCGAGAAAUGGAUGUCUGAUUAAGCAGCGUGAUUCUGGUGCGGAUUUUGUUGACCCUGAAUUGGUUUCUUGUAGGAAAGUGAGUGAUGUUUUGAAUGUGGGUUGGAUGAUUGAGGAAUGGGAGGGUGAUGAUGGUACAGAGAGUUUGAUUAUGGAGUGGUCUAAACCUAAUUGUAGUUUUUGUGAAGUUCAAGGGAAGAAAUGUAGAUGGAAGAAUGGUAAUGGAAGUGCUGAAGUUGAAUGUUUUGUUUGUUCAUCAAAUGGGAUUGCUAGAUCUACUGUUCUUCUAAUUACUUCUGGGGUAAUAGUUGGUUCCAUGAUUUUGCUGCUAUUGGUAAAUGGAUUGCUUCGCGUUUAUCGCUAUUUUAAGAUGAAAGAAGAUGACAUAGCAAGGAUAGAGAAGUUCUUAGAGGAUUAUAGAGCAAUGAAACCUACAAGAUUCAGUUAUGCUGAUAUUAAAAGAAUUACGAAUGGUUUUAAGGAGAGUUUAGGAGAAGGAGCUCAUGGAGCAGUAUUUAAAGGCAUGCUCUCCCAAGAAAUUUUGGUUGCUGUGAAGGUACUCAAUGAAACACAAGGAGAUGGAAAAGAUUUCAUUAAUGAAGUUGGAACCAUGGGAAAAAUUCAUCAUAUCAACGUUGUUCGCUUGCUUGGAUUUUGUGCCGAUGGAUUCCACCGUGCGCUUGUCUACGAUUUCUUUCCAAAUGGGUCGUUGCAAAAUUUCUUGGCACCACCGGAGAACAGGGAUGUUUUUCUCGGUUUGGAAAAGUUGCAACAAAUUGCUCUUGGUGUUGCAAAAGGGAUCGAGUAUCUUCACAUUGGUUGUGAUCAUAGAAUACUUCACUUUGAUAUCAAUCCACACAAUGUGUUAUUAGAUGAUAAUCUGAGUCCCAAAAUUACUGAUUUUGGACUUGCGAAAUUGUGUCCGAAAAAUCAAAGCACCGUGUCUAUGACCGCAGCUAGAGGAACUUUGGGCUAUAUUGCACCUGAAGUUUUCUCAAGAAACUUUGGAAGCGUGUCUUAUAAGUCUGACAUUUAUAGCUAUGGAAUGUUGUUGCUUGAGAUGGUUGGUGGAAGAAAGAAUGCUAAUGUGUCUGCGGAGGAAACAUUCCAAGUUUUGUAUCCGGAAUGGAUCCAUAAUCUGAUUGAAGGAAAAGAUGUACAAGUGAAUAUUGAGGAUGAAGGAGAAGUUAAAAUUGCAAAGAAACUUGCGCUCGUAGGACUUUGGUGUAUUCAAUGGAAUCCGGUGGAUCGUCCGUCUAUGAAAACUGUGGUACAAAUGCUUGAAGGGAAAGGAGAAAAAUUAAUGGUACCCCCUACUCCUUUUGACUCUAUUGAUGUCAAUAGAACAAACGCGGUUAUUCCAACCCGACAUAUGAGUGUUGAGUUAGAAGUUAUUCCUGAAAUAGAGUAA